UAUUUUAUGCAACAAUGUAAACAAACAGUGUACUGAAUUAUUCAUACGUACAAACAGUUGUUCAAUUCAUACUGUUAAAAAAUUGUCAAUUUUAAAUUGGGUGUCGUAUUUUUUUUAUUAAAUUUACGGAUAAACUGUGUAAACCGCAUACGUCAAUACUAUUAAAUCACUGUACGUAUGGAAAGAUAUGAAAUUUGAAAAACGUGUUAAAAUGUUUACUUAGUUUCUUAUUAUCUAAAUUACAGAGUUUAAAAUACUUAAUGCAUUUAAUUAGACAAUACUAACUAACAUCUGUUUCUGCCACCACAAAACGAUUGUCCGCGAUUUGAACCACAUGCACUUUUAUCGGGAAGAUUUCGUCCACUUCCCGAUUACCAUAACAAGUUUCAAAAUAUAUAAAUUAUCAGCGAGGACGAAUUGCUUUAUUAAAAAUUGGCUUCAAUUUGAUUGAUUCGUUCAUUAGAUGUAGUUAGUAUAUGGAAACACAGUGCACAAAUCGACAACAAUGAAAGACAUGUUCGAGGGCACCCUCCAGCAGAUUAUUGCUGUUAUUGUCUGCACAUCGAGUGCUUUUUCCGAUGGGAUGAGCUACGGGUGGACAGCGCCAAUAGUUCCAGUGCUAAAAUCGGAGGACAGUCCAAUCAGGAUUACAGAACAUGAGGAGGGAUGGCUGGAACAGCUCUAUCUUACGGGGGGAAUAGCAGGUCUGCCUCUCACAAUAUUCUUCGUCGACCGGAUAGGCCGUAAAGGCACACUCAUGUGCGCUGGUGUCAUCAGUAUGACCGGAUGGAUAUUGAAAGCUGUCGCCUACAGAAUUGAGUUCUUGUAUGUGGCCCGAUUUCUUGUGGGAUUGGCGGCCGACGUAGGAUUUGUGGCGACGCCUAUGUAUGUGGCGGAAAUUUCCGACAAGAAAAUUAGAGGCUUCUUAGCUGGCUUCAUACAGCUCAUGAAUCUGAUUGGACUGUUGAUGGUUUACGCAGUCGGUCCCAUUGUACCUAUUUAUGUGUCGUCUAUUAUGGGCUGUGUCAUUUUAACGUUUCAACUGAUCUCCUUUCAAUUUAUACCUGAGUCGCCUUACUAUUUGCUUAUAAAGGGUAAACAUGACAAAGCUAAACACGCUCUACAAAAGCUGCGUUCAUCAGAAAACGUGGAUGAGGAAUUGUCUGACAUAACAAAGGCUGUUAUAAGACAACAGUCGGAGAGAGGCAGGCCACAAGACUUGGUUCUAAUUAAGAGUAACAGGAAAGCUGUGAUAAUAAUGACGUUCAUAAACGGAGCUCAACAUUUUGCAAGCAUCAGCGUGAUGAUCAUGAACCUGCAUACCAUACUUGAACACGGUAACUCAGCUUAUCUCCAACCCUUACCAACCGGAAUCCUUUUCGCAGCCAUCAUGUUGGCCGCUGCCUCCGUGUCCGGCUUCUUCAUCGACAGAUUUGGACGCAAGGCCUUAGUAAUCAGUUCCAGCUUAAUGACCGGAUUAUCUUUGUUGGUUUUGGCUGUGUUCUUUACUUUGAUGCGAUUUAUGGACACCACAUCAAUUUCCUGGUUGCCAAUUGUUUCAGUCAUGUUCUACUCGGCCGUGUUCAGGUUCGGCUUGGGUAUGGUUCCCAUUGUCCUAACAUCCGAACUGUUUCCUGCAAAAGUUAAAGCUCUCGGCAUGACUUUCUCCGAUGCCAUGUACCUGGUGUUCGCCAUGAUUUCAGUACAGGUGUAUCAGCAGUUAAGCGAAUUAUGCGGGUACGAUGUGCCCUUUUAUAUAUUCGCUUUGUCCUGCGUUUUGACCGCCCUGUUUUGUUGGUGGUACAUUCCUGAAACAAAAGGGAAGACUUUGGAGGAGAUUCAGUUUAUACUUAAAGGAGAACCUUAUCCCCAUAGUGUUAAUGAUGUAAAUAAGGAGAAGGUGCCAAUUUAAUUUAUAGAUUGCACAUUAUUGUAUUAUUUAUAUUUAUUUUCAAUAAAACUAAUUUAUACUAA